ACAAACUCAUAGUUGGGAAAAAUGAUAUACAACGCAAAUAAAAACGUUCUUAAACAUCUGUUGUUUCCUGCGAAUCGCAAAUCGCAAUUUAAUAGUUACAACUUUUUGAUUCUUUUUUCAUUCCUAAGCUAUAUUUUGCUAUAGACGGUACUACGGUUAUUGAAACAGAAAACUUUUAAUAUUCAAUAAUCAUGUAUUUAAAAAAUAUCAUACUGUUUUUCUGCGUAACGUUUUAUUUUUUCCAAUGUCACGGUGACCCACCAACAGAUAAUCAACUGGACACGAUUAGAUGGUCGGUAGGAUCGUGGUAUUUGGUGCAAGAUGGCAUAGACUUUGAAAAAGUAAAAACUAUAUUUCGCGAAGUAGCAGGUGCGCUCGACAUACCUUUUGAGCCUUCCAUUCUUGAUGAUUUCGAAAAAAUUGAAUAUUCAAGGGACGAUGUUGAAAUCUUCACUCUAGCGUUUAUAGCUUCUGAACAUGCAGACCUAUUGAAUCUCAUUAAUGAGAUAAUAGCGCCACACGUACGUAUGGCGCCAUACGAAGACAUAAUAACUCUACAUGAAUUAAAUGAAGUACUCAUCAAAAUAGGACAUCGAGCCGAUUCUAACGAAAGAUUCCCCGGGACUAUAGUACAGUGCAUUCGUAAUGCAUUGGAAAAGACAGCAUUUAACCGUACAUUUACAUUAGACGAUGUUCGAAACUAUGGCCUAGCGUAUGUAGCUUCAGGAAAUCCGGACAUAAUGGAAAUAGUACAUAACGCCAUGAGUACUCAUGAAAAUACUGAUAGCAUGGACUAUGUAGCGUUUAAAAAUGUAAUCGAGGUCGUAAAACGGGGAAUAGAAGAGAUACAAAAACCAGUCCCCAGUUACGACGAAUUCAGAGCGAUUGUUUUAAGCCGCAAAUUUUCUGCGAACGGAAUUGAAAAUUUUAUUAUUGAAAAAUUAUUUCCUUUAUAGUUUGAUUACAAUAUUAACUGUUAUUAAGUCAGUGCAUUUAUGUAAUACAUCACAUACAAGUGUAGUUUUGAUUGAUUAAUAAAUUGUUUUGAUCUGA